AUACUUUGCUCCCUUAUGAUCAUCAUAGCCUUAACGCUUAAUUUCCAUGCAUAAAAGGGUGGGAAAAAAAACUUCAAGAAGCCUUCUUUACUAAUUUCUUUUGUUGAUUCCUACAAAUAGGUUUCGAAAGAUUUCUACAUUGAGCUUUGGGAACAUAAUAUAGUUCCAUUCACCAUCUUGCUUUGCACUUCCAUGAAGAAAAUAGAGUUGAAGGUUGGCAUUUACUGCCAUAAAUGCAAAACAGAGGUGUUGAAGGCAGUUACAAAACUUACAGGUAUAGAUCAAGUAUCAGUGGAUGCUGAAAAAGGGACACUAACUGUAAUUGGAAAUGUUGAUCCAGUUUGUGUGACAACCCAAGUGAGAAGAAAGACUGGAAAAGUAGUAGAACUAAUCAGUGUUGGUCCACCAAAGCCUCCUGACCCAAAACCUCAACCUU